ACACUGAAAUUAAAAUAGAGGCGGAUACAUACAAAGGAGGCCCCACGGCAUGAGCAUCGAAUCUUCAAACCAGUACGAAACGACUGAAUAAUUUUUCAUUUCAAUUUCGGUUACGUUCUUACUUGUGUCGCUGCUAAAGCGUUUUUUCAGGCAUGAUUGAGAGACUGAUGCUCGUAUGCGUGGCGCUUCUUUCUGCGGGCAGAACGUACGUCGACUGCGCUGAUAUAAUGGAGUCACAAGAAUGCAAACGAGUGAAGGCUUCCGCUUUUGACUGUGCACCAAAGUAUCGAUCACCGGACUUCACUACAAAUGGUCCAAAACUACCGGACGAGUUUUUCAAACGGGUAAAAAGUAACUAUUUAGUCGCUCCAGUCGUGAAGUGCAUGGAGUCAAGCAUCCCUAUGAACGAGACGGUUCAUGGUUGCACUAGCGAGAUUGCGAUGACGAUAGGAGCCCAUUGCAUUAGGGCGGAAAUGUUCAACAUGGUGCCUUUAAGAUACAAGUACUCAGUACUUGAGUUCCUCGAUUUCCUUGUGGUUUGCAUGGCGGACCUACUGCAACAGCCACUAGCGAUCUUGCGAAGUGGUGUUGAAAGCAGUAGCUGACCCGACGGCGACGAGUGCACUACCAACUCGGGAUUGGACGCAUAAUGAAUACUGUGACUGGUAAUACCCACCGCCGACCUUAGGGCGACUACCUAAUAAAUCCUCGACUCGG